AUGCCCACGCGAGUGAUUGAUGUCGGGACCGAAAGGGACCAUUCGGUUCGUCUGAUCGAAACCCGAGGGGCCCAAGGGAAAUGGAUUGCUCUCUCCCAUCAGUGGGGGACAUCUGAUAACUUCUGCACAACACCUGAGAAUAAGGUGAAGCAUAUGGAUGGGAUUGAAGAUGAAACUCUCCCUGCUACAUUCAGAGACGCCGUCAAAAUAACGCGGGCUCUGAGACAUCGGCACUUAUGGAUUGACUCAGUUUGCAUCAUUCAAGGACGCAAAGGAGACUUCGCCUCCGAGGCAAAACGCAUGGAGCAAGUUUAUAGCGGCGCAUACUGCGUACUUGCUACCAGCCGAUCGCCAGGGCAUGACGCAGGGAUUCUACAAGAUCGUGAAGAAAGAGACGUGAUGGCUUUGCAGGGUCAAGGUCAAUCUGGUCCAUUUUACUUGUCCCAAAACAUUGACGACUUUGACGAUCACGUCUUGAAAGGUGCACUUAACCAACGAGGCUGGGUGCUUCAGGAGCACGCGCUGGCUCGACGAACUGUUUACUUCACGGAUCAUCAAAUGUACUUUGAAUGUGGCCAGGGUUGGCUCAUCAACAGUGAGACUGCUUCCUUUCUUGGUGAUGCCGACUUUCCCCAAAUCAUCAUGUCGGCAGACAGAGGCGAGAGAAUUCUUCUGUACCAGGACCUCUACACCAAGUAUUCUCGCCUAGGAUUAAGUCGCCCCACUGAUAGAGCUGUGGCUAUUGGGGGAUUAGAAGAACGGAUCCUAGCAAAACUCAAUGUUUCUGGUGGCUGGGGCGUUCUCGACGAUUCAUUGAACACCGAGGGACAAAAUGGACUCCUUCGACGAAGCUUGCUUUGGCGCAGGGGCGAGGAAGUGGAGGAGCUGUCUUCCAUCCCAUUUGCAAAGAAGGCCGGCUAUCCCGGUGUGCCAACAUGGUCAUGGAUGGCAUACGAAGGGGGAAUCGACUACAUUGAACCAGACUUUGGAGCUACACACUGGGAAGAGUUGCUAUCACCAUGGUCGUCAGAGGGACCAACUCCAAGCCGCCAGGGCCAUGGUGCUCAUCCUCCCGCGUUGGUGGCGAAGGUGUGGGAUUACACUGCGGAGCAUAUUGAUGGCAGUCAAGGAUACUUCAUCGUACUUGACUCCCCCGAAAAAUCGAAACAACUUGCUACAAAAUGUGUCAUAUUAGGACAACCUAGGAGCAGGAGAGUGAAGCAAAAACGGUACCACCGAGAAGGAUGA